AUGAAGGAGGACACAGAGGAUUAUAUCUUCGACUAUCACAGGAGCAAAUUAACAUUUGGUUUGCUGUUAUUUGAAUUUGAAGAUGCUGUCAAGGAAGGAGAUGGUGAUAGAUUGUUAAAUGUUUAUAAAUUUGCCUUACUAUUUUACAAAUGUUACGGUCAUCAUAAAUAUGCAUAUGUAAUAUUUUUGUAUCUGGUAAAGGUCGAGGCAGCCAUAUCAGAGAUGCAGGCUGCAUCACUGAAAUAUAAUAGAUUUUAUAGCAGAUCAGGUGGAAAAGGAUGUAACAUUUCAUCAGAUCUGAAGAUGGAACAGUUGAAUAAGUUACUAAAAACAUUGUGGAGAGGCGUAGGUGCCAACCUAAAUAAAGACAGUGCUGCCAGGGUGGCAAAUGCCAUUGAAAGUCUAGAAUGCAUUAUAGAAUCAAUAGACAAAGACUGUGCUCUUGAUGGCCGAAUAAGGUACCGUUCAAAAGGCAAAACGGAAGACACCGUAAAUAAAAUUGUGAACGAUCUCAUAGAGAAACGAACAUUCAAUUACACUCCAAGAAGGAAUGGAUAUCCAUCAUUUCCUCAAUUUCCAGCACAUCUCCUACAGUCAUUAGAUUUCAGAGAUUUGCAUUCAUGGAUGAAAGGUCAUCUAGAGCAAUGGGAGGCAAUUUAUGAAAAAUAA